AUGUCAUCUAACAACGGUUUCGUCCUCUAUCACUAUGAGCCCUCUCUGGCAGCAGCAAUUCUCUUUUCUGUCUUAUUCAGUAUCACGACACUGCUGCAUCUAUAUCAGCGUGUCAAGUCGGGGUCGACGUGUAUGAACCCAUUCAUCGUGGGUGGAUUCUUCCAAGUCACCGGCUACGGAUGCCGCGCCGCAUCGCACUUCUUUGAGACUUCGACCACACUCUAUGCCAUACAGACCCUUCUGGUCCUGCUGGCCCCGACGUUAUACGCAGCGUCGAUCUACAUGAUCCUCGGCCGGACGAUCCAAUUCCUCCACGCAGAGCGACUGAGUCCGGUCCCUGCGAAAUGGAUGACCAAGAUUUUUGUUGCAGGGGAUAUCCUCUCGUUUAUCCUGCAGGGGGCCGGCGGGGGCGUCAUGUCCAGCGGCUCUGUAAACUCCCAGGACAUCGGCACGUACAUCAUCAUCGCCGGUCUUGCUGUUCAGCUCCUCUUCUUCGGUGUCUUUGUCUCUGUGGCUUGCGUCUUCCACUUUCGAUUCUCCAAUUCGCAGACUGCAGGUACUGACGUGAAUGCCUCGGGGAAAGCGCCUUGGGUGCGGAGCUGGAAUGCUCUGCUCUGGGUGCUGUACCUGGUCAGCGGGCUCAUACUUAUCCGAAGUGCGUUUCGGAUGGUGGAGUUCGCGCAGGGAUUCGAUGGAUAUCUGAUCGGUCAUGAGAUCUUCAUGUAUGUCCUCGACACGGCGCUGAUGUUUGUUCUGAUGGUUGUGAUGAAUGGGUUUCAUCCUUCUGGUGUUCUGGGCAGGGUGAAAGGUGAGCUUGUGGAUUGUGAGAUGCUGGUGUCUCAAGGUAGAGACGCUGAGAGAAGGGUUUAG